AUGGAUGAUAAAUCCAACAAACUCCUUUUAGUGCCUGUUUUGACCGUUUUAUUUGUCAUGAUCGGCUAUCAGUACGUCUGUCCUGCGGGGAGCACGUCCUGCCGGUUUGGUAAUGGAGAGAGUUUUCCGUUCUCCAAAUAUCCAGCAGACGUCAAGAGAAAGUCUCCGGAGCCGGACGAGGACGCUCCGUUUAGAUUCCCGUCUAAAUUCAACUUCACGCGCGAGGACCUCGAACGCCACGUGGAUUUCGACAUUAAGGGGAACGACGUGAUCGUGUUCCUCCACAUCCAGAAGACCGGAGGAACGACGUUCGGGAAGCACCUGGUGCGGAACAUCCACCUGGAGCGACCGUGUGACUGCCGCUCCGGCCAGAAGAAAUGCACGUGUCACCGACCCGGUAAAGCGGAGUCGUGGCUCUUCUCGCGGUUCUCCACGGGCUGGAGUUGCGGUUUGCACGCGGACUGGACCGAGCUCAUGAACUGUGUCCCUGCUGUGAUGAAUAAAAAGCAAAAGAAAGAUGCGCCAUCGAACAGGCGGAACUUAUACUACAUCUCGCUUUUGCGGGACCCCGUGUCACGCUACCUAAGUGAGUGGAAGCACGUGCAGCGCGGCGCCACGUGGAAGACAGCACUGCACAUGUGUGACGGGCGUCCUCCCACUCCAGACGAGCUGCCGGCCUGCUACAGCAGUGAAGACUGGACCGGCGUGUCUCUGGAGGAGUUCAUGGCCUGCCCUUCAAACCUGGCCAACAACCGGCAGACUCGCAUGCUGGCUGAUCUCAGCCUGGUGGGCUGCUACAACCUGUCCUCCAUGAGUGAAGAGCGGCGAGCCGAGCUGCUCCUCAGCAGCGCCAAGCGCAACCUGCUUCACAUGGCUUUCUUCGGCCUAACUGAGUUCCAGCGCAAAACACAAUUCCUUUUUGAGAGGACGUUCGGCUUGCACUUCAUCACCGCCUUCACUCAGAUUAACGGGACGCGGGCGGCCGGGGUCACGGUUGGGACGUCUACCCGGAGGCGCAUAGAGGAGUUGAACGCACUAGACAUGCAGUUGUAUGAAUAUGCGCGGGAGCUUUUCUCGCGGCGCGUGCAGUACUGCCACCAUCAGGAGCGGCAGGAGGAGAGAGAGAGGAAACGACAGCAACGCAGGAGAAUGAAGGAACAGAAAGCCUCGCAGAUUCAACAACAGGAGGAUGACGAACAAAAAGACUUGGAGCAGGAAAAUAUGGAGUUAACUGGGGUGACGGAGGACUACAGCAGUCAGGUGGUGCGGUGGUGAUGCUGUGCUCUCUGGCUGUGUUCAGAAUAACAUACUACUCUUACUAUCGUGGU